AUGGGAUGUAGCGGGCGGCUGCUGGGACCCGUCGGGGGCCGCCGCGCCUCGCUGCUCCUCACCAUGAUCCUCUUCUUCACCUACUUCUUCUAUUGCCUGCCGGGGCCCUGCGAGCCGCUGCCGCCCGCCCUGCUGCUGCCGCCCCCCGCCGCGCUCCCCGACGGCGCGGGGCUGGGGGCUGCGGGCGGCGGUAGCCGGCGGUUCCCGCAGGCCAUCAUCGUGGGGGUGAAGAAGGGCGGGACGCGGGCGCUGCUGGAGUUCCUGCGGGCGCACCCCGGGGUGCGGGCGGUGGGUGCGGAGCCCCACUUCUUCGACAGGUGCUACGAGAAGGGGCUGCGCUGGUACAGGAGCCUGAUGCCGCGCACACUGGAGGGGCAGAUCACCAUGGAGAAGACUCCCAGCUACUUCGUCACCAAGGAGGCUCCUCGGCGCAUCUACAACAUGUCCCGGGACACAAAGCUGAUCGUGGUGGUGCGGAACCCGGUCACCCGCGCCAUCUCGGACUACACACAGACGCUCUCCAAAAACCCCACCAUCCCCAGCUUCCAGGCCCUGGCCUUCAAAAACAUCAGCACGGGACUGAUCGACACCAGCUGGAGCGCGGUGAGGAUCGGGAUCUACGCCAAGCACCUGGAUAACUGGCUCCAGUACUUCCCCCUCUCCAAGUUCCUCUUUGUCAGUGGGGAGAGGCUCGUCAGCGACCCGGCCGGGGAGAUGGGCCGUGUCCAGGACUUCCUGGGUCUCAAGAGGGUGGUGACGGACAAACACUUCUAUUUUAAUGAGACCAAGGGCUUUCCUUGCCUGAAGAAGCCAGAGGGCAGCAGCAAGCCCCGCUGCCUGGGGAAAUCCAAGGGGCGGGCGCAUCCCAAAAUCGACGUGCAGGUGGUCCAGCGCCUGCGGGAGUUUUACAGACCCUUCAACAUGAAGUUUUAUCAGAUGACAGGGCAGGACUUUGGCUGGGACUGAGCCAUCCAUAGGGCAGGCUGCCACGGUGGGACCUGGUCUGCCCCAGCAGUGUGGGGGGCCAGGACCACAGUCCAGGGAUGCUCGUGGCUGCCGCGGUCCAGGGAUGCUCGUGACCACCGUGGUCCAGGGAUGCCCAUGGCCACCCCACCAGCAACCUCCUCCCUUCGUUCUAAUUUAUAUUGGACCUUUUCUGGUGAGAAAUGGACCCUUCUGGAGUAGAGAGAAAUAUUUAAAGAAUAAAACCACAGAUGCCCCCUCUCCCCUCCCCAACCAGAUUAAAUAUUCUUCCAUAUAAAUCGUGCUCAUCUCUAUUAACUGUGACCAUUCUGGCUGGGGAGUGGGAGCAGGUUAAGUGUGUGGAUGGGGGGACGUGUGUGCGUGGGGAUGACACCUCUGCCAUCCACAAUAGAAGCUUUGGGAAGCAGUUGGGCUCUGGGGCGUGUGGGGCAGUGGGUGAGGCUGGCCGAGGGGCAGACCCCAUGUGUGGGGUAUGUUUUGAAGACAGAAAACAGUCUGCAGGAGUUUCCUUAGUUAAGGAAAGCAAUUAGAGGCAGUAGCUUUGAAUAAAUGCCAGGUCUGGGUUUAGGGAGAGACCUUGCAGAGGGAGAGGGAGUUGUAUAUCACAUACCUUCUUAUGUUCCUGGAGUAACCCAGAUGAUAAAGCAGGGAAUUUCUAACCCUGAGGAUGAAAUUCCCUGCUUCCCUCUAAUUCACCCAAGCAAAGCAGGCAAAACCCCAGCCUCUGCCCUUUCAGCUCAAUAAUCACAAUAGAUUUUGAAACCUGCA